GCUCAAGAUUGCCCACUGCCACUGCCAGCGCUACGUUUUGAGGCUCUUCCUUUCAACAGAAAAGCUUGCGCAUUAUGACGGAUUGAGGCUGGGCAAGGUCCGUGAUUUAAUUGCGCCUUCAUGUGGAAGCUGUCAUCUUUGUACCUGAGAGUUUGCUCCUGUUAUGGUAUGUCAUCGAUUUCGAGAUUGGAAUCCCGACGAAGUGGCAGCGGGGGCAGGAUUUCUUGCAGCUCCUGAAGUCUGCAGCUGCUCCUAGUGCUACCGCUCGGUGGCGAAUUUCGGGCGCUUUGUUGCGGGAGAUGGCCCCAUGAUAGACAAAAUGAAAAGACAAGGGGAUGCAAUGUGAGAGAAUGGCGAGGAAGAAAAGAUCAGAGGAUGACCGGAAAGAAAACGUGCGGUGAUGGAGAAAGGGCGGGGGUCUUCCCGCGGAGCGAGUAACCGCCGGCGCCCCCGGGGGGGCUCUCGGUGGUCGCCCACCAAGAAACCAAGGCCGGUUUGGCUCGCGGUUUUGCUCCCCUUCCUAGUUCUCCUGGUCCUGAUCCAGCUGGCGCAGCCCUUGCUGAAAGAUGAACAAAGCUGGUGGACCAAGGAGCUCUUUCUUCAACCGCCGUUUGCGAAAGUUUCGGAAGUGCGGACGGCGAUCUGUCUCUCAGGGGGAGCGCGCUCGUUUGAGCUCACGGGACCGAGCAUUAAGGAUCGGCUGCUGAGCGCUUAUCCCAACAGCGACGUGUUCCUGGUGGUGCCCUUUGAUGCGGACGCCCAUAAGCUAUCGCUGCUGGCCGGGACGGGGAACAUCGUGCACGCUGAGGUGGCGGUGCAGGCGCUGAUGCGCGAGGAUGAUGUCAGCAAGGAGCUGUUUGAUGAAAUUGGAUCGCCGAAUGGAGUACAGGGCCUCCUCCAGUACUUCGCCCUCGUCGAGUCGUGCCAGGCCGCCAUUACCGCCCACGAGCGUACCCACCGUUUCCGCUACGCUUACGUUCUCCGCACGCGGCCCGAUGGGUUCUGGAACGCCCCCCCCCCGCCGCUCUCCACCUUCGAGCGCGACACUUACUACGCUCCGAACGGCGUCGAUUUCGACGGCGUCAACGAUCGCCUCGGCCUGGGGGGCCGGCGCAUCAUGUCGAAAAUGCUCGCGCGGAGUAGCACUAGAAGCGAGCUCUACGCGGCGGGGCUGCGAAACGCCAACUCGGAGAUUGCGCUGAAAGCGCAGCUCAAAAUCCGGGGGGUGAAGCUCGCGCGCCUCGACUUUCCGUUCUGCGUGAUCACGCGCCGGACGUUUCCGUUCGUGGACCGGCCGGAAGAGGUCCCCGUUGUGCCGAUCGGGAGCGCCGUGACGCUCAACGGGGUUUACUGCAAGCCGUGCACGCCGAUGCUCGCCGGCCAACGCGCGUUCGACAAGAUGGGGGGGUACCGCAAAUCGCUCCGCUGGUUCGGGACUCCCCGUGCCGGCGCCGAGAUCUGCAACAGCACGGCGGAAUGGGAACGGAACUGGGAGCGCGCGUUCGACGCGAAAGUCGGCCCGCAGCUCGCAGCCGCACGACACGCGUUUCGCAACGAGACGUUUGACGCGUGUAAGCGGCGGGUCGCGAACUUCGUACAGGAGAUCCCGGAAUGGCGUGGGCCGUCCCCGCGCGAAAUGUGUUUGAUGUCGUUCUUGGGUAAACCCAGGCGGGUUAAGGGGGUAAUGAUGUACGUUCAAUUACUGCGGGGGCCGGCGGAUGCGCGCUCGACCAGUUUCGCACUCGGACGGAACUCGCCCCUAGGUAUUGCGUUGGCUAAUGGGCCGGGCCUGCAGAAAGCUCGUGGCGGGAUGGAGCCAGUGACAAGUGUGGAGUGUCUGGUUGUCGAGCUGGGCAACUGCGUUCUAGAUGGGGCCUCAACUCUGGAGGAGGCAAUCUCAGCACUAAGAGGGUAUCUCUCAAAGGCAGAGGAUGCUGCUUGGUCUCAAGCAAUCGCAGUCAUGGCUGACGGGGGCGAGGCAGUGCGCCAACGUGCGCGGCAGGAGCUUGCCAAAGUCCUCUCCGCAGAGCUCACUGGACCUACUGGGGGCCUGAUGUGCGAGAAACGGAAAGUGGACAGAUUCCAGGGGGCCAGAACUCGUGCAACAACUGUGGAGGACCUCCCCCCUUACUUCCCCUUACGAGACAAGAGCCCCGAAGAACGCGUUCAGAAGUACAAAGAGCGUGUUCAAAACUGGAGCCUGAUGGAAACCUGCGAGGUCUUUGAGGCCGCCAUAACCGACCCCACAACCGGCCCUGACGAUCGGGAGAAGCUGAAAGAGUUUCUCCAGGCCAAACACUACCGCCCGGCAGAGGAGCGGCUGCUCGCGCUGCGGCGCGCCACCCGGGCCUUCUCUGCUGUGGCGGAGGCGCAGCGACGGGUCGUGGAAGGACGGGCCAUGGGGCAGCAUGGGGGACUAGCCGUGGCGCAGUUGCGGGACGCCCAGGGACCAGCUGUUGCGCAACUGCAGGAUGGCGGGGGAUCAGCCGGAGCACAGCAGGCCCCUCGGUGCGGUAUGCUCGGUUGUAUGCUCAAGGGGCGCGGGUGCUUCCCGGACGUUGAUCCAGAGGAGCCGCAGUGGACGUCGUGCGAGCCGUGCGGAAAGAGGAAACGGGGGGGAGACGCCGCGUCUUCGUCCACACCAACGCAGCAAGGAUCGUGGAGCGGAUCGGACGCUUUUGGACCGGGCUCCCUCGGGCAGAGCUCGUUUGAACAAAAUUCGUCCGGACUGGGCUCAUUCGGACAGGGAUCGUGGGGAAAGUCCUCGUUUGAAAAGGGAUUGUCGGGACAGGGCUCAUCCGGGCACGAUCUCUCCUUGGAGUUGUAUUUGUUGGAGUCUGAGACCGAGGCGGGACAGGGCUCAUUCGAGCAGACUCUCUCCUUCGGGUACUUGUUGGAGUCUGAGACCGAGGGGGGACAGGGCUCAUCCGGGCAGGAUUUCUCUUUCGGGUACUUGUUGGAGUCUGAGACCGAGGCGGCAGCCGACCCACAGCACGGACGUCCGAGCUCAGAGGACAGCAAGCUGCAACUGGCAUUGAACGAGGAAGAGGAGGAAGAGGAAGAGGAGAGCGAGACAGACGCUGAGCACGAUGACGUCAGCAAGAGCGACAGUGACGAUGACGACGCACCCGAGGCCGGGGGCCAGGGAGUGGCUCCUCAAGGCCCACAAGGGGAUCCCCCCGACAACGGCGGCGGCGGUGUUCCGUAUACGGAGGACUUUGGCGGCCGGGACUUACACCCGGCGGAGUUUGGCGGCGCUCGAGACUACGGCUACAAGAGAGCCGCUGACUCAGAGGGCCCGAGGCACGUGAUCUGCGGACAGCGGACAGGGUUCACGUGGGCCGGAUCCGGACCCCGUCGGCGCUCCCUCGGGGCUGCGGCGGGGAAUGCAGCGGCCAAGGCCUGCUUGGCUUCGUCUUCGGACAAGGUGGUCAAGUCCAGUUCGGACGGCGCGCUGUCCGCGCUGGAGGAGCGGUUGCAAAGGGUGCUGAUCGACGAGGAGGACGCUGACUCCGGUUCCGCUGAGUCCGGUUCCGCUGAGCCCACCGGCGGCCGGCGCUUGCCGGAGCUGCCGCCGAUUCGCAUGCGGCAAAGCGACGACCGCAGGGGGCUGCUCGCCGUGCUGCCCGCCGUGCUGCCUCCAAAGGCGGCCACGUACGUGACUGAGCGAGACGCUGCAGCAGUGCAACGCAACAGCAAUGACGCCAAGUCCAGCCUGCCAAUUGCCGUUCCUCAGAGGCCCUCUCUACCAUGCCAAGACGAGAAGAACGUACCGCCAACCGCGCGUGAGCUCUUUCUCGCCAGCCUCAAGCCCUGCACGCUGACGCCGUUCGAGUCCGCUCUCGCGUCCGCUCUCGAGCUGCUCGACGCUUCGGACGUCCGCAACGGCCUCGCAAACCUCGCGCAGCUCCUGGCGCCGGGCCGGCGCUCGGACAUCCUCGGCGUGAACGCCGCAGCCCUUUCUCACGUGGUGUCCGCCCUCAUUACCGGUUUGGACCGUCCGGAUGCUGCCACGUGGCAGCAGCGCGAGCUCCUGGUCACGUGCCUGUUGGAGGUCAGCGAGAACACCCGACUGGUUCCCCUGGUGAAGCGCCCGGUCCCCCCGUUCAACGUACCGGGCACUCGCCGGAUCGUCAGCGCGCUGUGGCGCGCGUUCAUGGCGGUUAAGCAAACCGGCUGGCCCGACCGCGACGGCACCCCUGCGCUGAUCCGGGUUCUCGCUAACCUGGCCGCCUCUGACCUGGAGUGCCACCACGAGAUCUCCCGCCACGGGGGGCUCUGCCUGGUGCAGGGUCUCGUAACCCUGGCCAGCCAACCGGACGACCGCGAGCCGUCCGAUCCCGUCCGCAAGCCGUCCGAAGCCGUCCGCACCCGUCAGCAUGCGUACCAGUGGAGGCGGGAGGUCAUCAACGAAGGCACGCGCGCGCUGAAUUUCAUCCUGCCUACGUGGGGGAAGCAGCAGACCGGGGGAUCCCUUGGUGGGGCGCGCGAAGAGAAGAAGCUGACGCAGAAGAGGCUGGAAGCCGCAUCAGAGGCGCUGCGCGUCAUGGCGCUAGAGGGCAAAAGUGCGAGCGUGCAUGUCGAAGCCCUUGACAUCAAAAAGGAUUCGUGUCCCUUGGAGGCGGUUGCGGGAUUCACCCAUGGCGGCACUUUCUGCCCAGACCGGAACUUGGGAGUAUGGUGCACCGACUACCUCAGGGAUCAAGUACAAGAGCUCAAGCAGCUGCUGAUGAGGCCAGCUGGCAUCGAUGCGCCGCCGCCUGUACAGCUGGAGGCCUUGUUGAAGGGAACCCCUGCUGGCAACGAGACGCACUGCACGCAGACAGAGGAGACGAUGGAGCAGCGCGCUUCCAAGGCGGCGGAAAAGGACACGCUGACGCUCGCGGUCCAGCUGCAGAUGGCAAAGGAAAAGGCACGCCGCUACCAGAAGGAGCUCCAGGCGGCCUAUGACCUGCUCGACCGCGGCACUAGCGCGAGCUGCGUUAACCAGGCGCUGGUAGCCUUCUUCUCGGACGCUGGGGUUAGCGCCAAACCCAGCACGGAACCCUUCGACAACUUCCCCACGGGCUGUCUGUGCCCGGUCUGCCACCAGGUCCUUAACCUGGCGGUUAUCCUGGAGUCCGGUUUCUCCUGCUGCGCAGCGUGCACCGACAAUCUCUUUGGUGGACAGGAGACUGCCAAGUGUCCCGUCACCCAGGCGCUGAUCCACCGGAGCAGGGUCAUUCAGAACGAAGGCUUGCGCCUGACAAUCAAGAACUGGGAGGAGUCAGCCCUCGAGUGGCUGACGAAACAAAGGGCCCUCUUGGGCGCUCCAGCGCCCCCCCUCGCGCCUCAGCACGUCUUUAGCGCGCGCGCGGAGGCAACGCGGCCGCCCGUUGGCUCCCCGCGCGCACGUCGGCUCAGCAGGGACGUGCGGCGGCCGGAAGGCGCGGACCGCGCGAGGGUGACGUUGCCACAGUCGCCGUUGAAAAAGGUGGAGGGCUUCUUGCUACGCUAAUUGCUACCGUACCUUUGGAUAGAGCCCUAGCAGCCGACACCUGGCAUGGCAUCAUUGCAGAAGUCUGGCCUGUAAUCAAUAUGAGGGUGAUCGAACGGUGGCGCGGCCCUGCAUGCUCCAACUUUGGAGAGGGUGCGCUGGAGAACUUGAAGCGCAAGUAGCGCAGGUAGCGCAGCUUUGGCCAGGUCGCCUAGCUGGCUGCAGUAACUAGGGAUGAGAUGUUAAGCCCUUGAGCGGAUUGGAGCGAGACCAGAGGACGGCAGGCUGGCGCUCAGGAAUACUGCAGAUUCUUUGUUGUAAUGCAAGCGAGCCCAGGGAUCUGAGACGGCAUUCCGGAGUUUGGAUGCGACAACAAACAGUCCACUUGCUUCCAUGUUGGCUCGUCCUGGGUGCCUCCCUCCGAAGCUACCCACCGCCCAGGAGACAAGCCCGCCAUAAACGUAUAGAGGGAGCGACCACAGUCACUGCCUGACAAUAUGCGGUUUCGGUAUAAAGGUUGUAUAUAUGGGUUUUGUGUGUAGGUUGUUAUACAAGGUUCUGCUUGUAUGGGGUUUGUAUUUGGAUUGUCAUAUAGGUUUUGUGUGUAAAUUUUGUACAUAGGUUCGGUGUACAGGUUCUGUACCAUAGUUCCUGUCUAUAAGCUUUGUAAAUAAUCGAUCAAUUAGGGCCUGAACAAUUUUAACGGUUGCACGGCAGUUUGAAGGGUUUCUUUAUCAUAAGAUCUCAUCGCGAAGUCACUGAUGUACGUGCAGACGUCUCCGACACAUACCUUUCGAAAAAGCUGAGCCACAAG